UUGAACUGAGCGUGUUUAUUUUCACGGUCCCUUUAACUAUCUAUAAAACUUGCGAAAUACAAAAUAAAUAAACCGCUAACCAUGUGUUAAGGCAAUUCUUGUACAAGUUGUUUUUCCUUCAAUAACGAUCGGUUCCUUAUCGUUGUUUAUUAUAAAAUUGGUGCUGACCGCGAGUGUGAUUUUUGCUACGGUGGCGUUUUCCUGAGUUCUUAAAACUAAGAUUUCGUUUCUAGUUAACCCCUAUUUGUGAUGGCCAAAGUGUCUACGAUUAAAAGCGUCAUUAGUCAAAGCAGUAAACGUAUAACGACGAGUGCGAAAAACCUACAAACAGCUGAUACGAUUGGCGUUUUGGCAAAGGAAAGUUAUUAUAAAAAUUUGGGAGAAAAGGCCCAAAGCGAUGCGAAACCGGAAGGCUGGGACAAUGCCAAAACGUAUGAAUCCAUUCCCGGGCCCAAACCUCUUCCAUUAGUAGGUAAUUUAUGGAGAUACAUGCCUGGAAUAGGAGAGUAUUACAACGUACCUCUGAAGGAAUUUUGGGAGAAACUGCAUAGGACCUACGGAGAUACCGUUCGUUUUGGUGGUAUACCCGGCAAAAAAGAAUUGGUAGCUCUGUUUCAACCAAGUGACUUCGAAAAGGUUCACAGAAAUGAGGGUCCUUGGCCCGUGAGAUACGGACUUCCAUCUUUUGUCUAUUACCGCAACCAUAUACGACAGGACGUUUUCCAAGGCGUGGGGGGAGUAUUGACAGUACAAGGCGAGGAAUGGUUUAAGUUCCGAUCCAUAGUCAACAAAAUAUUGAUGCAGCCUAGAACGGCCCAGAUGUACGUCUCCAGUAUGGACGAAGUGGCUAACGAUCUAAUCGACAACAUUAGGUUCUUCUCAAAAACAAACGAAAAUCACCAAAUGCCCGCCGACUUUCAAAACGAACUCUAUAAAUGGACUUUGGAAUCCAUGGGGGUUAUAGCUUACAACAAACGAUUAGGUGUGUUGGAUCGAAAUAGCAAAAAAGAUUCAGACGGACAAAAGCUCAUAAGUUUCAGCAUACAGAUGUUCGAAUUGAUGUACAAGUUGGACGUAUUGCCUUCCAUGUGGCCUUAUAUCAGCACGCCGUCUUGGAGAAAAUAUAUAAAAAUUUUAGAUUUCCUAACACAAAUGAACACAAAAUAUGUGGACGAAUGUUUGAGCAAAAUGGACCCCGAUGCGAAUAUACCCGAGCACGAGCAAAGUGUUUUGGAGCGGUUGUCAAAGAUUGACCGAAAAGUAGCUCUAACAAUGGCGACCGACAUGAUGAUUGCCGGUAUAGAUACAACUGGAAGAACAAUGGGAGCCGCCUUGUACUUCUUAUCAAAAAACCCCGACAAGCAGGAAAUCCUUCGUGAAGAGCUUAAACAACACAUGCCAAAUAAAAAUUCUCCUGUCACCAAAGAAAUGCUCAUGUAUUCACCGUACUUGAAAGCCGUGGUUAGAGAAGCCACCAGGCUUUCUCCGAUAUCAAUUGGUCAAUUAAGGACUACGAUCAAAGAUCUAGUCUUGGGCGGGUACCAAAUUCCUAAAGGGACCGACGUUGUCACGAUAAAUCUUUUACUCUCGCACGACGAAAAAUAUUUCAAAGACGCGAAAAUGUUCAAGCCCGAGAGGUGGUUGAGGGAUACCGAGGACGAAUACUCUAGUAAAAAUGUCAAUCCUUUCGCAUCGCUACCGUUUGGCUUCGGGCCGAGAUCUUGUAUCGGAAAGCGCUUGGCUAACUUGGAGUUGGAUGUUGGACUAUCAAAGGUAAUCAGAAACUUUCAGCUCUCUUGGCCACACCCGGAUGCAAAGUUUGGAAUGAAACUGCUCUAUGGCAUCGAGGACCCAUUGAAGUUAAAGGUCGAAGAGAUCCAAGGGUAACCAGUAAAAAACUAAAUUAAUGUUUGUGAUUUAUAUUACCUUUUAUAUUUGUAAAUACUUAUAUUAAGAGGAGUUAUUUAUUACAUGUAAAAAUAAAAAUUGUUGUUAAAAACUUGAACAACAAGAAAUAUUGUCGUGGCAGUUAAUAAAUAUUUUAAAAUUUUUUAAAAUUAUAAUUAAUAUCUGUUUCAGUUGCAUUGAAGUUGUGUCUAAUACGUUUGAUAAAUUAAUGCAAUUGGUAAAGAAAACUACAUUUAUUUUUCGACUCCCUACUCUACAGCUU